UCUCAAACAAUUUGGCGGUUUAUAGGAAGUGGUGGAUUAGAUUUUGAGUUUUUACGUACCUGUAGGUACUUUAGUAAACAAAGCGUUACUUCGCAAAUUACCUUAACUAAAAUAUAGAUGUCGUGUAGUAGUUGAAUAUCUCAUUAUUUUUUUCUUUUAUUCUUUACUUGAAAUAAGGCGUGGUGUAACGUUACCCGUUUCGGCUAGCUAACUCUACAUGAGUGUUGUGUUGUUAGCGAGCUCCGCUACCUGACCGCGCUCAGCUGAGCUCUGCUGUGUACCUGCCCAGUGCGUUUCUGCGGUAAAAAUAAUGUGUACUGUUCAGGAUGACAGCGGUAAAUAUUUGUGGUGGUAUCUUCAGGUUAUGGAGUUCCAUCUCGACGUGGCUUCCAGCACGAAAGGAAAAACAAACAUCAAGCAUCUCAAUCUGGGGGCGAACAUGUUUGAUAAACCAAACAAGGAGGCUUCCUUUCUUGUUAUCCAUUUUUUGUUUAAGAAGUUGAACCCUUCACGUGCACAGGAGGUCUUUAGACAUUGCUGGCCGGUUUUGGAUCACAAGGCAGAUGCUGAAUUUCGUAAGGUGACGUUCGGAUGGCUUCAAGAAAUAAUGAAUGAGAAAGGCAGCAAUUUUCCCAAGGUGGUUGCAUCACAUUUACACUCUUCUUCCGGACCAAGAUUCAUCAAUCUUAUGCUUCACUUGGCUAAAUAUGUUAUGCUAAAACAGAUGAGGAGUUUUAGCUCAGAUGGCACAUGGGUCCCAGAGGCUGCAGCUGUUCCUGCCAGUUCUCAAGAGUUAAAGAUAAAGCGCUUUCAGUUGGUGAAGAGGCGUUUCCUAAAAGUGUGUAUGGAGCAAGAUGCUGUCAUUCAGGACUAUCAGAAGAGAGCUAGACAUUUGGAGAAGUCUUUUAAGGAUCAUAAAGCGGAAGAUGUCAAGUAUGAUGAUUUGCUCAAGAAGUAUGAGAAUGAGGACAACUUGGAAAAAGACCUCCUGGAAAAGAUUCACAAGGUUCGAAGCUUAUGGGCUGAGAUUGACAAAGCUUUGUCCAGGCUAGAAGGAGAGCGGACUGUAUUGGCUAGUGUGAUCGAGGGCAAGGUUGAUCAGUAUGUCUUGGAUGGAAAGGACAUAAGUGUGAAGAUUCCUGCAGUUCUGCUAGAGAGAAUGGAGAGGUUAUCACAUCAGACCAGCGCUGGCAGUUUGUAUGAGGAAGGGCAGCCAGUCAUCCUGCGGUUGCUUGAGCUUCUUAAUGUUGGAUUAGGUCUCCUGAACGAGGAACGAGCCAAGCUUCCAGGUCCGACAUCACAGCUCAGCAACCAACGUCUCCAGGAACAAGCUUUGGUCAUGAACCGUUCAAAGGAGACAUUAAAAAAUAUGAGGCGCAAGUUGUCCAAGGAGGAUAUACCACAGAUAAAGAGCAGCAUAAAGAAGCUGGAGUUGGACUGGGAAAAGAAGUGGGCUGAAUGUUUGAGCCACACUCCCCUGGUAUCUUUCCUCAACGAUGAUCCUGUUUUGGACUUUCUUUCUCCAAUGCCUCCACUCUCCUUUGAAGCUGCUUCUGAAGAUAGCUUCAAGGCUAGUAUCUUCUCACAGUAUCCAGCUAAACUUUCUGAACUUACAGAACAGACCUGUAAAGAAGAACCUUGCUGUACUGAGCAUGAAGUUAAAACAAGUGAUGUCUUAAGCUCUCCUCCAACAGAGGACAAAACAGAAGACAUACUUUUUGCUUCACCAAGGUCUUUGUCUCCACCUGUUGUGCGGCCAUUAUCUCCUAUUUGUGUUAAGGCUAGCAAGAGAAACCCCUUGCUUUCACAAACUAAGACAUCUGCUCUGAAGCCAAAGGCUCAGAUUCUGGAGUUGGAAUAUGAGAAUCUAGCAAGUCAGUUUGCUGAAGCUGUGACCAUGAGUCCAGUGGAAGGAAGAAGGAGCAGUAUGGAGCUGGAGCAGUUGCUCAUUACAUUAGCAGACCCCUUCACAACAAAGAAGCAGCUCCCUCGCACACCAGAGAGCUUGAUUACAGACGUCAGAGCAUCGUGGAGAAAAGCAGUGGAGGAAGGGAAGGCUGAGAAACAGCUUGAGAAACGUCAAAGUGGUGCCUCUUGGCUUGGAACACCAAUUUCUGAGUUUAAAGAAAAAAGCCCCAGAGUAGGAGCCUUUUCCUUGAGAGAUUCUGCAAUAAUGACCCCUGACCCUCUCCCAUGUAGUCCACUGGCAUCCAAGCAGGGGAGCUCUCUGCACUCUACUGUUUCCUGGGACACCUCCCAGCUGGAGGCUCUAAGCCAAAACUCGAGCGACAUCAUCCACUUCAGCAUUGCUCAUGAGACCUUUCCAGAUGCAGAGAAUGAUGGUUCUUUCAACUGCAGUGAUGGCUCACAGGAGGUGGAAGAACUUCUCCUCCCUCCAGUUAGGACGUGUUCUCCUGAAACCGAGACUAUACUCCAAAUUAGUCGCAGCCCUCUGGAUGAGUCCCCUUUUACGGGGAGGUUUAAGGAGAUAAAGUCUGACUUUGUGCCAUCGACACUAAAGUCAAGUCCAGGGCUGGGUAGCUUUUGUGGUGAGAAGAUAUUUUCUCUGGACUUGGAUCAGUUGGAGAGUUUCUCUUCUCCAUGUCGAGAGGAGACCACCCUGCCCAAUCUUGUAACGUUCUCACCUAUGGAUGAACUCUAAUCAGUGCCUGAUGUCUUGAGCUUUAAUUUACUCACCGCACAAGGAACAAAUGCAGUUUCUGACCUUUUGUGCCACUAUCUACAAACUGGUUGAGGAAACUGGGAAAUAAAUUCUGGAGAAACUUUACCCUCUGUCAUAGCUUUUCUCUUUUUAAACUAGCUCUGUUCCAUUCUAACAAUGUUUAUUUUAAUACCUGGUUUGUCUUAAAGCUCAUCGAAAGUGCAGAUUAAUUGUACUAUUUGUAAUAUUUUUUUUAAUGUUAAUUAUUGUAAUAAGCGUGUAAAUGUCGAACGUCAGUCAACAUGAAUUAGGCUAAGAAAUGUAACAAGUGUUUCUCAAUUGUAAUAAAGUAACUUUGCACUGUU